AUGUCGCUUCCUGCCUUCGACCACAGUUCACAGGUCACGGUGCAAAUGCGCUGCUACAUUGACGCACAAAUAAGAGUGAUUAAAAAUAAGUUCCAUCAUUUGGCUCGUGUCCACAAACGAAAGUUGAGGCAAGCGGUUGUGCAGUUGAAUCAUUGCGAAAUUUUGCUAUACUUGCUGCUGCGCGUGUCUGGAGUGGCGUGUUCUUCAAGUUAUCCGUUGAUAACUUUUGCUUUUUGCUUGCAAUAUUUAACGGCUCUUUUCCAUACGACUCAUGGAUAUAAAAUGGACGUGACGGCUGUAUCACCGUGGAAUGCUCGACAGUUUGAUUUAAUUUUAAGAAAUUAUGCUUGUCGCCCCAUAACUUGUAAUUUUGUGGUCGCGCAAUUGGAAAACCUGAUUGGUUUUCGAUCUCACGCGACCACCGCUUCUGAUAUUGUGGAUGGAAGAAUGUUGCAGCGUGAAUUGAAAUUUAAAAAAAUUGGAUCGUAUUGGAACAUGGAUGGAUACUGCAUCACA